AUGGCAAUCGCUUCCUGCUUCUUCUGCGUCCCAACCCCUAACACAUCAAUCUCCGAAUCUAACCUUCACCUCGCUUCCUCCCCUGUUUUCUCUGCUAGAUUCUCCACCUCCUCCUCUUUCCCCGGCGCAAUCUCCGCUAAAUCCAUCUCUCUCCACCGCCGCGUCUCUAUUUCCCCUGUUUUCUCCGCCUCAAUCGACAACGGCGGCUCCGACAACAUCGGAGGUGGUGGUGGAGGCGGCGACGGGGAUAAGAACGAUGGGAAUGGAGAGGGAGGCGAGGACAGAGAUAGGAACAGGAACGAGGCGAUGCUUAUAUUGGCGGAGUCCGGGACCGAAUUGGAGUCUCUCCCCAAGGAUCUAGCGGCUGCCAUUGAGGCGGGUCGGAUCCCUGGAUCGGUUAUCACCAAGUUUCUGGAGCUCCAGAGAUCGGCUGUGAUGCGGUGGCUCAUGCAGUUUGCUGGGUUUAGAGAAAGGUUAUUGGCCGAUGACCUCUUCUUAGCCAAACUCGCUAUGGAAUGUGGUGUUGGGGUCUUCACCAAGACUGCUGCUGAGUAUGAACGGCGUAGAGAAAACUUUUUCAAUGAGCUUGAAGUUGUCUUCGCCGAUGUGGUGAUGGCUAUCAUUGCCGAUUUCAUGUUGGUGUAUCUACCUGCUCCUACUGUUUCUCUUCGACCACCUCUCGCACUUACUGCUGGAGGCAUAUCCAAGUUCUUCCACAACUGCCCUGAUAAUGCCUUCCAGAUUGCUAUCUCUGGAACCUCAUAUACUCUCUUGCAAAGGCUUGGUGCUAUAGCGCGCAAUGGGGCUAAGCUGUUUGCCGUUGGCACCACAUCAUCGCUGGUUGGUACAGCUGUUACAAAUGCAUUCAUAAAAGCACGACGAGCUGUGGACCAGACUUCUGAAGCUGAAGUCGAGACUGUUCCUAUAGUUUCUACAAGCGUUGCGUAUGGUGUCUACAUGGCAGUUUCUAGCAACUUAAGGUACCAAGUAUUGGCUGGUGUGAUAGAACAACGUCUGCUGGAGCCAAUGCUACACCAACACAAACUUGCACUCAGUGCUAUGUGUUUCGCUGUUAGAACUGGCAACACAUUCUUGGGUUCCUUACUAUGGGUGGAUUAUGCGCGUCUCAUAGGGAUCCAGAAAUCUCACUGA